AGUCGAGUUUAGUCUAAAUUCAGAGAAAACACCUAAGGUCCAACUUUUAACCCGAGAAAUAGUAACGACAGUACAGUAACUAAUCUUCUACUAUUAUUACCACUGCCUGAAACUAAUAAAUUAAUAAUAGCAUUAUGAUAAAAUUCUCGGGGUUCCAUUUUUGAUUCUUCAUCAUUAUAAUUCUGUGCAUCUUCUUCACCAAAAAGCUAAAAUCCUUUUUGUUCCUUUUCACAUAUUGGAUAAAAUUCUUAUCAAUGGAACCACCAGAAAACGACAGCGUAAUAGCAUUCGAAUCAGCUGAGAAAAUAAUUCUCCGAUGGGAUUCAACAGUAUCAGAAGAAGCAAGAGAAAAAAUGAUAUUUAACGGCGAUCGUAACGAGAUCGAUCGUUAUUUACAAGCCGUUGAUGAAAUCCAACGGUCAAUGGAGUCUACAACAUUAUCCAACGAUCAUGAUAAAGCAAAUAGUGCGAUCCAGAUCGCUAUGGCUAGACUUGAAGAUGAGUUUCGUAAUAUACUUAUUGCUCAUACAAGUGCAAUUGAAGCUGAUUCGUUAACUGAUCCUAGUCCUUCUUCAGUCAACUCUGGUGAAUUCAAUUUGCCUGAAGAAGAUUACAAUGAAACUCCUACCAAGGGCAGAUCCAGUUCUUCAGGAAGCUAUAAACUUCAAGUCCUGGAUCCAUCUCUGACUUCCACUGACGAUGAUUCAUUCACUAAGGAGUUGGAUCAUCAAGAGAGUAGCACUAGCAGCUAUCGAUCUACUAAUAGUAUCCGCGAAGUUGAUCUUAUGCCGUCCAAAGCAAUAGAUGAUCUCCGAAGUAUCGCCGACCGAAUGAUUUCUGCUGGAUAUCUCCGAGAGUGUAUUCAGGUAUACGGUAGUGUACGGAAGUCCGCCGUGGAUUCGAGCUUCCGAAAGCUUGGAAUAGAGAAGCUGAGCAUUGGAGAUAUCCAGAGACUUGAUUGGGAGACACUGGAAACGAAGAUCCGAAGAUGGAUACGAGCUGCAAAAGUAUGUGUUCGCAUGCUUUUUGCUAGCGAGAAGAAAUUAUGUGAGCAAAUCUUCGAGGAUUUGGGCACGGCGACUGAUGAUGCUUGCUUUGUGGAGACUAUUAAAGGACCAGCAAUACAGCUGUUCAAUUUCGCAGAAGCUAUUAGCAUUAGCAGGCGAUCGCCUGAGAAGUUGUUUAAGAUAUUGGAUCUUCAUGAUGCUUUAUCGGAUUUACUCCCUGAUAUUGAAGUUGUUUUCGAGUCAAAAUCUUCAGAAUCUAUUAGAGUUCAAGCAGUAGAGAUAUUGUCUAGGUUAGGGGAGGCUGCUAGAGGGAUAUUAUCGGAAUUCGAGAAUGCAGUGCUUCGUGAACCUUCGAAAGUUCCCGUCCCUGGAGGGACGAUUCAUCCCUUAACUAGGUAUGUCAUGAACUAUAUAAGUCUAAUUUCGGACUAUAAGCAGACAAUGGGUGAAUUGAUUGUUUCACAGCCAUCGACGGGAGCAAGGUACUCAAAUGAUCCUAAUACCCCUGAUAUGGAUUUCGGGGAGCUAGAAGGGCAGACUCCAUUAGCGCUUCAUUUGAUUUGGAUUAUUGUCAUUUUGCAGUUCAAUUUGGAAGGUAAGGCUAAGCACUAUAGAGAUAACUCUUUAGCUCAUUUAUUCAUGAUGAACAAUGUGCAUUAUAUUGUUCAGAAGAUUAAAGGGUCACCUGAGUUAGGGGAAAUGAUUGCGGAUAAUUACGUAAGAAAAUUAACGGGGAAAUUCAGGAUAGCUGCUACCUGUUACCAGAGAGCAACCUGGGUGAGGGUUUUGCAUUGUUUGAGAGAUGAGGGAUUACAUGUGAGUGGCAGUUUUUCAUCAGGGGUGUCCAAGAGCGCAUUGAGAGAGCGGUUCAAGUCGUUCAAUGCCUUGUUUGAAGAGGUUCACAGGACUCAGUCCACAUGGUUGAUACCAGAUACACAGCUCAGGGAGGAGCUGCGUAUUUCCAUAUCCGAAAAGUUGAUUCCUGCCUAUAGAUCAUUUCUUGGACGGUUCAGGAGCCAUAUAGAAAGCGGAAGGCAUCCAGAAAACUAUAUCAAGUAUACUGUGGAGGACUUAGAGAAUGCUGUCCUGGAUUUCUUUGAGGGGUAUGCUGUGUCACAGCACUUGAGGAGAAGAUCUCAGUGAAAGAACAUUAGUUUCAAGAAUUAGUACUUUAGGAAAUUCUUUGAAUUUUUUUUUUUUUUAAUAGAGUCAUUCAGGGGCUGAGGUUAUGGCAUUCUGGUGUUUCUCGAGUUUGUGCUUUCAUUUGUAGUAUUCCAGGGUGAUGGGCUGCUGAAAACUUCGGGAAGAUCAGCUGUAUCUAUCAAGAAGGGUCAGUGCCUCCUGCCUCUGGGUGCUCUGCCCUGUAAGCAUGCUGUUGUUGUAUUCCUUCCAUACUUUUAGAGUUUGUUUCAAUUUGUCCAUAUCUGAAUUGUUGUAUUGGUUCACUUUCUUGAAAAUUUUAUCAUAAUCAUGAUUUUGUUAA